CCUUAUUCUGGGGCAAGCUUAUUGUUCUCAUUUAUUAUGAGAAUAGAAAGGUUGAAUGUUUUGUUUAUAUUUGGAUUGGUGUAAACUUAAAAUUUGGUCUACUGUUAAUGUUUUUUGUCCUGAGCUUUUGUUUAUUUGUUGCGAGGUUUCUUUAGUAUAUAUAGUAUUCGGUUGCGAAUUGAGAAAGAAAAGAGAAGAAGUAUAGUUUGAGUACUAGUCCUUGUUUUGAGGAAGUAGAGCUGAAGAAACCAAGUUGGGUUUUGGGUAUUAUGAUUAAAUGUACUGUUUCAUGUUCGAUUUAAUGGAUUUGAAUUUUCACAACUCAAGAGGGAAAGUCUGUGUUUUAUUAAGACUAUCAUUAAUGGCUUUCACCGUUUUAGUGUAUUUUUGCCAGUUUCAUCUUAGUUCAUGUAAUGUUGAUCCGGGAUCUUAUGUGUACUUGUUUAAUAGAUGUAAACACUAAACUCUAGGGAUGAGUAGUUUGGGUUUCUGAACUUUGGGUUUUGCAAAUUAAUGUAUUAGAUAACUUGGAAAACUGUUGUGAGAGAGUUUAAAGAGUAGAGAGAGAAUACAGUGGUUUUGCAUUUUGUUUCUUCUUGGGGUUUGUUUGUGAGUUCACAUCAGUCAUCAUGCCUAUAAGGCAGAUGAAAGAGAGCUUAGAGCAGCAUAUCGUAAUCAAAACACAAGUUCAAAACACCAUGAAUCAAGUUCAGAAGAACUCUAAAACUACUCAAAAUGGCAAGAGCUCUCAAGAACCUCAGAAUGGUAAAAUACAGCAUCAAAAUUCACCUCCAACAAAGAAUAGAGGAAGGAGAAGAGGUAGAGGAGGUAGAAAAUCUGAUCAAGGAGAUAUUCUUAUGAGACCAAGUUCAAGACCUUGUACUACUUCAGUUCAUAAACAACCAGUUAAUGGUUUUCUUCCACCACCAGUAAACGGAGGUCCUGUUUGUAUGGAGAUGGGAUUUCCAACUUCUAGCAAAAAUAUAAGGUUUGCCCAAAGACCCGGGUAUGGGCAACUAGGGACAAAAUGUAUAGUCAAAGCCAACCAUUUUUUUGCAGAGUUACCAGACAAAGACUUGAACCAUUAUGAUGUCACAAUAACUCCUGAAGUUGUUUCAAGAACAGUCAACAAGGCAAUAAUGGCUGAGCUCGUGAGACUGUACAAGGAGUCUGAUUUAGGAAUGAGACUUCCUGCCUAUGAUGGUAGAAAAAGCUUAUACACAGCUGGGGCACUACCUUUUACUUACAGAGAGUUCAAUAUCAAAGUUGCCGAUGAAGAUGAUGGUACCAAUGCUCCCAGAAGAGAAAGGGACUACAAAGUGGUGAUCAAGUUUGUAGCUCGAGCAGAUUUGCAUCAUCUGGGGCAAUUUUUAACGGGUAAGCGCGCGGAUGCUCCACAAGAAGCCCUUCAGAUUCUUGAUAUUGUCCUACGGGAACUCGCGUCCAAAAGGUACUGUCCUAUUGGGAGGUCCUUCUUUUCCCCUAAUAUAAGAAAACCACACCGACUUGGGGAGGGUUUGGAGUCAUGGUGUGGGUUCUACCAGAGUAUAAGACCUACGCAGAUGGGAUUAUCUUUAAACAUUGACAUGUCUACUGCUGCUUUUAUUGAGCCUCUCCCUGUAAUUGAAUAUGUUGCUCAACUAUUGAGCAAGGAUGUUUUGUCGCGGCCGUUAUCUGAUGCUGACCGCGUAAAGAUCAAAAAAUCUCUUAGAGGAGUGAAGGUUGAAGUUACACAUAGAGGAGGAAGUGUGCGGCGGAAGUACCGUGUUUCAGGAAUAACCUCUCAACCUACAAGGGAACUUGUUUUUCCUGUUGAUGAUGACUUAAACAUGAAGUCAGUUGUUGAGUACUUUCAAGAAAUUUAUGGGUUCACUAUACAGCAUACACAUCUUCCGUGCCUUCAAGUUGGAAAUCAGAAGAAGGCUAACUAUUUGCCAAUGGAGGCUUGCAAAAUUGUUGAAGGACAACGUUAUUCAAAAAGGUUAAAUGAAAAGCAAAUUACAUCUCUCCUAAAAGUUACAUGCCAGAGACCCAGGGACAAGGAAAAUGAUAUAUUGCAGACAGUUCACCACAAUAGUUAUGAUCAAGACCCAUAUGCAAAGGAGUUUGGGUUGAACAUCAGCGAAAGUAUGGCUUCGGUUGAAGCUCGGAUUCUUCCUGCUCCUUGGUUGAAAUAUCAUGAUACGGGGAAGGAAAAGGAUUGCUUGCCCCUAGUUGGUCAAUGGAAUAUGAUGAACAAGAAAAUGAUCAAUGGGAGCACUGUAAGCCGUUGGGCAUGCAUCAACUUUUCAAGGAGCGUUCAAGAGAGCGUGGCUCGCACGUUUUGUCAUGAGCUGGCUCAAAUGUGCCAAGUCUCUGGCAUGGAAUUCAACCCUGAGCCUGUUAUUCCAAUCUACACAGCCAGAGCUGAUCAAGUAGAGAAGGCUUUGAAGCAUGUGUGUCAUGCAUCAGUUAACAAACUUAAAGGGAAAGAGCUAGAUCUAGUCAUAGCCAUAUUACCUGACAAUAACGGUUCUUUAUAUGGUGACAUUAAGCGGAUAUGCGAAACUGAUUUGGGUCUAAUAUCACAAUGCUGCCUUACAAAGCAUGUCUUUAAAAUCAAUAAACAGUACCUGGCCAAUGUCUCCUUAAAAAUUAACGUUAAGACAGGAGGAAGAAAUACAGUUCUAAUGGAUGCUUUAAGUUGCAGAAUACCACUUGUUAGUGAUAUACCAACAAUAAUAUUUGGAGCAGAUGUUACCCACCCAGAGAAUGGAGAGGACUCUAGUCCCUCAAUUGCUGCGGUGGUAGCUUCUCAAGAUUGGCCAGAAGUGACAAAAUAUGCAGGACUAGUUUGUGCUCAGGCUCACAGACAGGAACUCAUACAGGAUUUGUACAAAACUUGGCAUGACCCAGUUCGUGGCACAGUUAAUGGUGGAAUGAUUCGGGACUUGUUGAUUUCAUUCCGUAAGGCAACAGGACAAAAGCCGCAAAGGAUAAUAUUCUAUCGAGAUGGUGUAAGUGAAGGGCAAUUCUACCAAGUCCUUCUUUAUGAAUUAGAUGCAAUCCGUAAGGCUUGUGCUUCUUUAGAACCAAAUUACCAGCCUCCAGUGACUUUCAUUAUUGUCCAAAAACGUCAUCACACGAGAUUAUUCGCCAACAACCACAAGGACCGUAGCAGUGUUGACAAGAGCGGGAACAUCUUACCGGGAACUGUUGUUGAUACCAAAAUCUGUCAUCCGGCAGAAUUUGAUUUUUAUCUCUGCAGUCAUGCCGGAAUUCAGGGUACGAGCCGACCAGCUCAUUACCAUGUGUUGUGGGAUGAGAACAAUUUUACGCCUGAUGGUAUUCAGUCCUUAACAAACAACCUUUGUUACACGUAUGCAAGGUGUACUCGCUCUGUCUCCGUCGUUCCUCCAGCAUAUUAUGCUCACUUAGCAGCCUUUCGUGCUCGCUUUUACUUGGAACCAACAUCAAAUGAUGACGACUUGGCUGGCCAAGUGGGUCGAUCUACAUGGACAGGAGGAUGUGGGGUUCGACCACUGCCAGCCCUAAAAGAAAAUGUCAAGAGAGUAAUGUUUUAUUGUUAGAAAAGGAGAGAAUCUUGAGGAGACGGUGACCUGUUUGUACUGAAGAUGAGUAGUAGUAGCAGUAGCGACCAUGUUACUCUUUGCACUCACUUCCUUCUAUGUCAUUGUAAUUCCUUCACUGUAUGUAUAACCCACCACUUUCUUCUGAUAAUCAAUUUAGAUUAGUGAAAAUUGCAAAAAAGUAA